CUAAAAAGCAAAAAACAGACAAACAAAAAACCCCAAAAUAAAUUAUCUUUGCAAAAAUUACUGCUUCUUGUGGCAUAAAUUUCAUAUAUUUUAUGCUGACAAAAUCUCUCUCUCUUUAUUCUAAAUUAUACAAAUUAUCUCCCUGCUAUGGAAUGAAUUACAUACCCCUCCAAAUAAAAUUCAUAGUCAAAACCCUAACAUCAAUGUGAUGCUAUCUGGAGACUGGGACUUUGGGAGGUAAUUAGGUUUAGAUGCAGCCAUGAGGAUGGAGAACCUUAUUAUGGGAUUAUAAAAAGGAACACCAGAGAGUUUAGUCUGUUCUCUCUCUAUGUGCACAUUGAAGAAAGGACAUGUGGGCAUGUGGCUAGAAAAGAGCUAUCUGCAAGCCAAGAAAAGAACGCUCACCAGGAGAUGAAUCAGCCAACACAUUGACUUCAGAUUUCCUGCCCUCCAGAACCAUGAAAAGUCAAAUUAUGUUGCUUAAAUCAUCCAGCCCAUAGUAUUUUGUUAUGGCAGCUCAUGCAGACUAAUACACACUCUUUUUUUUUUUUUUUUCUUGGAGGGUAGGGAAGGGAGCAAGGGGUAAAAAACUUAUCUGACCACAUGAAACAAAGUAUCUUCGCUUUUUUGAGAAUUCGUAGUCACAAAGGGAAGCUCUAAUAUCUGUAUAUGAGGCAAAGAACAGGAAUUUUUAAAAGCUUAUGAUACAGCCAGUGGAAAAUCCUUAAUGCCUAUCUUUGUAGAUACUGUGAAGGUGCUUGCUAUUAUUAUUUUAAAUAUGCUAUAUAUAUUUAAUACUGUGUUAACACCACUGUAGGGGAGUGAAGAAUCAGGAUGAUAAUAGCUAGAAAAAUGCAGUGAGGAAAAGAGUCAUCAUAUAUAGAUGCCCAGACAUGCAGUAAAAACUAAGAAUUCAACAGAAGUAGGAAAUCAAGAGACUGAGACCACAGAAUAAAACAGAAGCCCAAAUUGCUCUCCUUGCCUCGUAUCCACUCAUCCCUUCCAAGAUAUUUUUGGGAAGGACAAUGGGAUAAGAUCUGGAGCCAUGAUUAUUUAUAUAAUAAACCGUGAGAGAAAAAGGGAGGAUCUGGGAACCCCUGACAUGUGCUCACAGUGGUUGACCGAAACUGCUGUACUUUCUAGCGCACAGAUGUUUAAAAGGGGGAGAUUCUGCAACAGAGAGAAAGAUGAGGAAUUUAAAUAAAAUUGAGCUUCAGUUUCAGGAGGAAAAGAAUAAGAGAAAGAGCAAAGAGAGCCUUUCUUGGAACUAUCUAGCAAGGGAAUCAGAAUUAUCUGUGAGAAGGAGAAGCUUAAUCCCACUGACUACAACUCAAGAAAACUUUGAUCACUUGUAUCAUCAUAACUUCCCUGGACGAACUAGCAACAUGAAGCUUCAAAAAGUCUUGAUUUGGGAACACUGAGGAAUACAGUUAUAUUCUACAUUAUUCCACAGACCAACUUACAGCUAGAGUAAAUCCCAUGAAAAGAGUAGGCUUUGACAGACUGGAAACUAAGAAGAAAUCUAAGGGUAUGUGAAGGAUGAAAAGUAGCACACAGCAUGUUACCCGUGAAUCUGUGGGCAGAGGAUGUAUUAUCAAAAGGUUAUGAGGUUCCAUAGCCAUCUGGAAAUGGAGAAAAUAACUUCUGGACUAACUCAGUGUGACAUUCCCAUGUUGUUAUAGCUGAUCACACAAAAAGGCAGAGGACAUUUAGCUGAUGAGCCAACCAAAAUGAACUUUAGAAAUAAUGCAAACAUAGAGCAAAAUAAAGCAUCUAGCCACCACGAUUAAUGUGGUGACAAUAAUGGAAACAAUACUUAUUCCGAUUAUCUUUAUUAUUACAAUCUAUUAGCAUCCACUACAUGCCAGAUACUUUACAAUUCAUUUACAAUAACCCUACACGACACGGUAACAAUUAGUAUGCCCAUUUUUGAAUAAGAGAUGCAAUGUUUUAAUCAAUAUAAAUGUUAACAUGAAUAUAUAAGUUAUAGUAUAAUUUAGCCAAGACCUCCAUAAACAAAACGGCUUCAAAUUAAUUCUAAGUUUUUAAGCUCUACGAAUUGAGUCUUCCACUAUAUCUUGAGAAUUCACUUGAAUUCAAGCAUAAUAAGAACAAUUAUCUUAUAUCAGAUAGCUAUUACUACAUUGUUUUAGGCAUCAUGCUUACAGAGGUGUGGGAGGAGACAGGGUGGGGGGAGAGAAACUGGAAAAGGUCCAGAGGAAAACAUGAGUGAUGAGGAUGGAAAUGGUAAAUCAUAAAGUAUUUGGAACAGAGUUUGCUUAACUCAGGGAACACUAACCCAGUAUCAGAGGAUUUUCAUAAAGGGUGAUCACCAUUCAAAUUCUAUAUCCAUGGAAAAAUUGAAUGAGAGAAGGUAAAUUCAGAGAAAAGAAUUUGCACGGGUGAUGGUCUCUUAAAAUGUUCUAAUUGCCAAAUGGCUGCCACAUUAGGAUUUUCAAUUUAGGAAGACCUGAUCUUAAUAGGAAAUGAAAGAGGAUGAGUAUAUAAAUGUACACAAUUCCCCUCCCUUCAUCCAUGCAAAAUGACUGUACAGACCUGUCCCUGAAUAUAUGGAGUCUAUUUUCUUACCCCUUGAAUCUGGGUUGUCCAUGCCAUUUGCUUAGGUCAGUGGGACACUGGCACACAUGAUUCAGCAGACGUUUGAAAAACAUUUGUGAAUCAGAGGAGAACCAAGCAUCUGCCAACUGCCAGACAUGCGACUGAGGCCAUACUAAAUCAUCUAGAUCUGGUUACUCCACUAGUUAAUCAUGGACACAUGAAAAAACUUGGUAGAGAAGGGCUGAGCUGGACCCAACCAGUAGAACCACCCAUAGAACCCACAGAAUUGAGAGCAGAACCAAAGGUGGUUGUUUGAAGCCACUGGGUUUUAAAGUGGUUUGUUCAAAAACCACAAGUGAACAUCCUUGGAAUUACACCAUGUGAGUUUGUGUAAUUGUCGUGUCUGGGUAUUCAUUAAACUGUCUCUUGUGAAUGAGAACAUUAGUGACAUAACACUUCAAAUUAACAUGAGACUAGAAAUCUACAGAGGACAUUCUAUUAGCAAGGCCAGAAGGAUAGUAUUUCUGAACUUCUAGACUUCAAAUGUUAUAAAAUUAUAUUUCUAGACAAGUUCAUUAUAACUUUAAAUAUAUCUUAUGCAUGUAAUUUUCACUGUUGUUAAGAAUGAAAUUUUUGCAAAAAUGUGAAAAAAUAUAGGGACUAGCUAAAUAGAUGCCACGUCUGCUACAUGAAGUAACUAAUGAAUUCUGUGGCCUGAGAGGAUUUGUCCUCUACCUGUCUGACGAGAGAGAAUUAGAAUAAGUGUUCACAAUACUCAUUUAUUUGAGAACUGGAAUGUCUUUAUAGACCAUGCCAUCUGACCCGAUCGAUGUACAUGUGAAGAAGCUGAAAUCAAGAGAAGAGGAUGUGACUUGCCCAAGGUCACAGUGAGGUCCUAACUGAAUCUGGACAACCAAUCAGAUCCUCUGAUCCCAAUUCUGGGCCUUUUUUCUUGAGAUCUCAACCAGUCCUGAGAUUCCAUGACUCUGUGACGCCAUGGUUCUAUAAUUCCACAACAAGGCACAACAAUGCUAGUGCUCCAGGCAGCCAUGGUACAGGGGAAGAAUAUGAUCUAGACGGAAACAUCAGCCAAAUCAUUUUUUCACUUCAAAAUCUCAACUACACCAUCAUGGAUUCAAACGCUGCACACCAUCCUGUGUUUCUGAUAUUUCCUCCAGAGAUCACUGUUCCUGAAUAUCAGUCAACGGAACUUACAGGCACAACCUAUGAGUCUAGCAUGCCCUUUCCAGAAAUGCUUACUAAAAGAAUGAAAAUCUUAGGGACUAUCCAGAUCCUGUUUGGACUGAUGAACUUUUCUUUUGGAAUUGUUUUACUUUUCGCCUUUGAAAAACCAUACCCAAGGUUCCCCUUUAUAUUUCUUUCAGGAUAUCCAUUCUGGAGCUCUGUUCUGUUCAUUAAUUCUGGAGCCUUUCUAGUUGCACUGGAAAGAAAAACCACAGAAACUCUGAUGAUGCUGAGCAGAACAAUGAACUCUCUUAGUGCCCUGGCAGCAACAGCUGGAAUUGUUCUCCUCGUAUUCGGUUUCAUUCUAGACCAAAACUUCUUUUGCGGCUAUUCUGAAGAAAUUAGUCAGUGUCAGUCUGUUAACACCCUGUUCACUGGAAUUUUGAUUAUGUUGAUGGCCUUCAGCAUUAUUGAAUUACUCAUUGCCCUGUCUUUCUCAAUUUUGAGGGGACCCAUUCACUGCAAUGACCGUGAGGAAUGCUGUUGACUAGCACUGCGAGAAUAAAGAUGUGUUAUAAUGGU